AACAAAUCAGACACCGCGCCAACAUCCGGGCAUUCAGAGUGAAGCCGCGCCCACACUCAGGCUCAGAGAGGACGGGGUUGGAGGUUAGGGAGCUGGUUUCCGGUUUCGUCUUUUGUAACAGUGAUGCGAACAAAGGGCCUGUGUGACAGAUAAAAACGCCUCAGAUGUAGUUCACUACAUGCGGGAAAUAUUCGUGUCAUGCAUAAAUCGAUGAAAAACCGAUUAAAAUGUGAUUAUAAAUAUGUUAAAAGUCCGUUUUUACAGACAAAUCGAAUGUGAAGAAUUCACUUCCGGCAUCAUAGUGACCCAGGGUACACGCAAAGCCUCCUGAUUGGUCUGCGCUGAGGGCAGCCAAUCAGACGUCAGUAAGACAGGACUGAUGAAGUAUGCGGAUUGACGGGUCUAUAAGGCGCAGGUGUGGAGAUGUGUUAGGGAUCGUGUGUUUGUUUUCGUGACCCUGAGACACGGAUGUCCGGUGUUGAGUUCGGAGUCGCGCGCUGUAAACCCCUUUACAACAGCAGCACGAGCCGCACUGCAGGAUGCGCGAGACGGACAGCGGGGCGGGGCACGGCGCAUCGACCGGAAGCGACGUGUGUGAGGACACAGGAAAUGUGUUUGUGGAACAGAGUCAUGAAGACUCCAUGAUGGAGGACGGAGUGUUCAUUGCUGAUUCCUGUCCUCCUGUGUACGAGGGAACAGAGGGAUGGGCCCUCCAUCACCAAUCUAAUUUUAACGACAGCGAGUCAGAGGACGUUCUUCACACUGUGAACCCAAACGAGGUCUUCAACGAGAGCGACAGUGGGACUUCUGAUAUUCUUGACCCCACCCACUGCCUGACUCUGGCCACGCCUACUGUGUAUCAGGUUGUGUAUGACCUCAGUGGAGUGGGUGGAGACCAACAGAAGGAGCAGAAAGUGGAUGUUAUUUCCAUUGAGCUCGAUGAGUGGAGUUCUCCGGUGGUCGUGUCUGACUCGUGCGUGGUGAGUGAGCUGCCCCUGGUUUCUGCCGUUAAAGUGGAACACGCCCAUCCUGAGCUCAGCUACACCCACGCUAAUCAUGACCAGGCGCUGCUUGAUCUUAGCCACGCCCCCCAUUCCUUCACUGAUGGCCUGCUGUAUCCGGAGCUGAAUCUCACUGAGGAGGAACAGAAGCUCCUCAGUCAGGAGGGCGUGUCCCUGCCCAACAACCUCCCCCUCACCAAGGCGGAGGAGAGAAUACUGAAAAAAGUGCGGCGUAAAAUCCGGAAUAAACAGUCAGCUCAGGACAGCAGACGCCGCAAGAAAGAGUACAUCGACGGUCUGGAGAGCAGGGUUACAGCGUGUUCAGCACAGAAUAAGGAACUCCAGAGAACAGUGGAGCAGCUGGAGAAACACAACAUGUCUCUGUUAGCACAGCUGAGGAGGUUACAGUCUCUGGUGAAACAGAAGGCGAGUAAAGCGGCUCAGACCAGCACCUGCAUCAUGAUUUUGAUCUUCUCUUUAACAUUGAUUAUUUUCCCAAGUUUUCGUCCCUUUACUCUGCGUGCUAAAGCCUCAGACGAUGCGUACACACCCACUGGAGUAAUUUCCAGAAACAUCCUGAAUGAUGAGGCGUCUCCACUCGUCCUGUCUGAGAACGCAGCGGAUGAUAAAACCCUCCUCGCAGAGUUUCAGCCGGCAGCGGCGGCGGCGGACGUGCGGCGCCUGGAGCUCGACGACUCGGACGGCUCGGAGGAAGCGCCGCUGCAGGAGAACACGCUGAGGGGAAACGAAUCUGCGACAGAUGGAAAUGGGGCGGAGUCAGUGGGUGUCGGCUUGCUGUCUCCUCCAGCAGGGGGCGCUGUGGUGGACGUCGAUGCGGCUAAACCUGCUCACGCUGACGAAAUGUAGCAACACCGAGCGCAAGCUUUAUUCAUGGACAAUAAUGGGCCACGUCCCAAAUCUACUGCGCUCUCUACAGGUACUGUGCUGAAGUAGUACGCUACCUCCGGUUCUGCUGCCUCCCAGAUCGCGCGCUCUCUCUCUCUCUCUCUCUCUCUCUCUCUCACACACACACACACACACACACACACACACACACACACACACACUUGUGCACCACCACAGUUCAGCGUCGCUGGGUCAGUGCACUAGAACGGUGGUUUAGGACGGAGCAGCUCCGAUGACUGGGAUGACUUCCUUUAGAAUGUGGGUGGGGCUUUUUAUUUUUACAACACUGUAUGAGUACUGCAGUGCACAUAGUGGUGAUUUGGGACACAGCCCAUAGAGAGACGGGGCGAAGCCUGCGCUGGCGGAACCGAGCUGUGUCCCAAGUCACCAGUUUGGUAUCAAGGUGAACGUCUGCUUUUUGAGCUUGUCUGUUUCACACGUCUUUAUUUUUACAAUAAAUGUGACAUCAAA